UACAAUUCAUUUUCUAUCUCUCUCUCUAUAUAUAUAGAAAGAGAGUCGUGAUUUGGUUUCAAAUUCGCAUAUCAUCAUCGUACCAAUCCAUUCAUACUAAUAAUACAUACAUACUGAUACUGAUACUGGUGAUAUUUGUUUCCAUUCCAUGGCUCCUCCAUUCUCCAACAGUAAUGCCUUGUUGUUCUUCUUCCUCAUCUUACCUACAGUGCUCCUGGGCAGCAACUUGUACAACGACUUCGACCUCACAUGGGGGGGUGAUCAGCGCGCCAAGAUCUUGGGCGGGGGGGAGCUCCUCUCCCUGUCCCUCGACAGGCUCUCCGGCGCCGGAUUCCAGUCCAAGAAGGACUACUUGUUUGGGAGGAUUGAUAUGCAGAUCAAGCUCGUCGCCGGAAAUUCCGCCGGCACCGUCACAGCCUACUACCUGUCCUCACAAGGGGCGAGCCACGACGAGAUCGACUUCGAGUUCCUGGGCAACGUGUCGGGGGAGCCGUACAUAAUGCACACCAACGUGUACACCCAGGGCAAGGGCAACCGGGAGCAGCAAUUCUAUCUCUGGUUCGACCCCACUGCCAACUUCCACACUUACUCCGUCGUAUGGAAGCCAUGGCACGUCAUAUUCCUGGUGGACAACAGUCCUGUGAGGGUGUUCCGCAACGCCGAGUCCCUGGGCGUCCCCUUCCCCAAGGAGCAGCGCAUGAAGAUCUACUCGAGCCUGUGGAACGCGGACGACUGGGCCACUCGAGGCGGGCUGGUCAAGACCGACUGGUCCAAGGCGCCAUUCACGGCCUACUACCGCAACUUCAAGGCGCAGGAGUGCACGGGGUCGUGCAUGUCGGCCGGGGCGGAGGCAUGGCAGAACCAGAAGGAGCUCGAUGCCUACACCAGGCGGAGGCUAAGAUGGGUUCAGAGGAAUUUCAUGAUCUACAAUUACUGCACCGAUCAGAACCGUUUCCCGCAAGGCUUCCCUCCCGAAUGCACACAAUCAUAGACUACUACUGCUGCUACUACUACUACACUCACUCCUUCCUACUUGCUUUGCUUCUUCUUCUGUGAAAUGUCUUUUCCCUUUUUGCCAUCCCUUCCCUUGUUUUAUUGAUUACUACUACUUAUUAUUGUACAUUACUCCAUAUAUCUAUAAUAUGCAAAUAAAAUGUCAUUAUUUGUUUCC